UUAAAAAGAGAGGGAAACUUUGCUUUUACGUUUACGUGGAUUUCCAACGUUUCUUAUUUUACAACCGGUAGAAAUAUAUAUAUUUUUUUGUAUUUAUUUCUGUCGAAUCAGAGAACGUGAAAUGAAACUAGUUUUAUGUAAAUGCGGUUCAUGUGUUUCACAACCGGCAGUUUGACGGUUACGAGUGAUUCCGGAGGCUGAAGACGACAGGUCGGUGAACACUUCUACACAUAAACUUCCCGCGUCUGCACUUAACUAACGAAGGCUGCGGGUACCGGAGGACGUUGAGUUGAAGAUGUCGGGGCUGCGGUUCAUUGUGAGUGGACUGCGUGGAGGAGGAAGACUCCUGAGAAGUCUUCCUCACGUCCAGAAGACGUGCGUGUCCUCAGAGACCCCCCACAUCAGACUGUACGGAGGUCCUCCUCGUCUUCCUCUGAGGACUCAGCUGUGUUUCCUGUCUCAGGGCCGGGACCCGUCCCCCUCUGCAGCUAAACUGAAGCUGAGGACUCGUCUGCUGGUGACUCUGCUGUUCGGCGGCGGCUUGCUGGCCGUGUGGUUGUACGUGUACUCGGAGAAGCAGCAGAAGUUGCGGCAGCAGCGGAUCCAGCAGCUGCAGCGGGUGGCUCUGGGUCAGGGGAGCUUCAGCCUCCUGGACCACAGGGGGCAGCGCAGGACCAAGCGGGACUUCCUGGGCAGCUGGGUGCUGAUGUACUUCGGCUUCACGCACUGCCCCGACAUCUGCCCCGAGGAGCUGGACAAGCUGAGCGCCGUGGUGUCGGCUCUGGACCGGGACGCCUCGCUGCCGCCGGUCCAGCCCCUCUUCAUCACCGUGGACCCGGAGAGGGACGACGUGCCGGCGCUGGCCCGAUACAUCAAAGACUUCCACCCCCGCCUGAUCGGACUGACGGGUACGUCAGAGGAGGUGAAACACGCAGGACAAGACUACAGAGUGUACGCCAGCCCCGGACCCAAAGACGAGGACGGAGACUACAUCGUGGAUCACACCAUCCUGAUCUACCUCAUCAGUCCUGACGGGCUGUUUCUGGACUACUACAACAGGACGAAGGACCAGGAGCAGAUCACCGAGAGCGUCAGGAACCACAUCAAGAACUACAUCCGACUCUGAGGAACCGGACUGAAACGUUAACGCUGCAGACUCCUGGAACCUGGAAAUGUUAUAUACAUGAAUGACUGAGGCAGCUCCUGGACCUUCCCCCAGAUCACAUCACAUUUAUGUUGUAUGAAGCACACACCACGAAUAAAGAUUAAACCUCAA